AUGAACAGUGCGCAUAAAUGUGCAAAGCGACAACUCCUAGACGAACAAGUACAUUUUAUCAUCAUCACGCGCGAUAACAAUAAGCCAGACGCAUACGGCACGGUCUCCACCACGCAUGGCCCUAUGACAUGGGCAGCCGUAGCAGAAGCAUACAACAAGAAAUACAAUGUCCUCAUCACCCCAGCAGCUAUGGAGAAGCGAGUGAGACAGCAUCGCGCUUCAUGGUUAGCAAAUCACCCAAACUAUCCCACUGCAAUCGCGUACGCAAAAAAAGACAAGUUCCAACAAACUCCUCGUAAGCACACUAGCACUACGGAACGUAGACACCCGGGCACGCGUGAGCAUCUAGACAAACAGGCUGCUCAUGAACAUAUAGCAGGCUGGAUACCACCAGAUGCCCUCCGCAACCAAUCCGACAUGCGCUACUACAUCGAGCGCGGAACAGCACUCAACACUGGCGUUGUCACUAUCCAUAUCCUAAACGAGCACGGUGAACCAGUCGACGCCAUUAGCAUCGACAGCCACCUUUUCCAGCGAAGUUCCGGUAUCCUCGGUCGCCUUCGCAGCAGCGAAUGUACGCUGGUAGUCGAGCUGAACGUCUCGGCAGUCGCAGCCAUCCAGUGCUAUGUCGCGUGCGCAUCUUCCGACGAGCUUCCUGCAUCGCCGAAUCAAGAGAUCGGGAAGGAGGUUUCGCUCAUACAGCUUUAUUGUCUCGCGGUGCAGUUAGAAGAUGAGCAUGUGAAGGGUUUGGUGUUUGAGCGUUGGCGGGUGCUGGCUGAUCGGGGUGAGGAAGUUGAGUUGGAUCUUGAGGAGCUUAAUUUGCUGUUUGAUUGUACGGAACAUGGGGAUUCGGCGCGUAUGUUUUGGGUGGAGGCGGUGUGUGCAGAGGGGUUGAGUGGGGAAUUGCUUGCAAGGAACUCGUGUGGCAUGGCGCUUGCUCGGCACGUUCGAGAGUUGAUGUUGUCUUAUGCUUGA